AUGUCUGGCGACAACGAAGAGUCCAAAACCAAGUCCUUCAAAGGAGCCCAAGUCCUCUGGCCUCCAGAUAUCCCCGAUGACAUCCUCGAAGAUGUCAUUGAAGUAGCUUCUCAGACGCUACUAGAAAAGAGCUUCGAAGAUGGCGUCGAAGUUGCCAGGAUAGUCAAGCAACACCUUGACGAGAAGUGGGAGCCCUACUGGCAUGUCUUUCUGGGAAAGAGUUUCGGAUGCCAUGCUGUACAUGAGAAAGAGAGGUUUGUAUAUUUCACAUUUGAGGAGAGCAACAUCAGUUUUCUUAUAUACAAGGCUUCCUAAUUUUAAACACAUUACCACACUCAGUACUUUGAUUAAUGA